GUGGGUUGAAAGUGGUGAGUAGAAUAAGUUUGUGAGAAAAGAAAAAUAUUCCUUAGAUUGUUUUCGCUCGUUCAAGAGCGCUGUACUCGAGGAAAACUUUAUCGUCAGGUUGUUGCGAAUAAUUGCAGUUGCCAGAGGAACACCUUUCGCCACCAUGCAGUACGUUACGUGCGUGUUACUUUUGACCCUGUUGACCACCGUGACGAUCACCGCCCACGGAGCAUCCCGACUGCCCGCAGCAUUCCAGCCACCGUACGAUCAGCAGCAGUCACGCAAUGCGAUAGUCGAUCUGCCAAGCUCUGGUAAUUCCAUCGAAUCCUAUUUGCAGUACUGCGAAGCCGUGAUCCAUGCCCUGGAAAGCGAACUGCCCCGCCGAUCCAUCUUCCGGUCCUUGUUCAUCGACAAAGCCCGACUUUCGUCCGGUUAUGAUAAGCACAUUCGUUUCAGCUCGUCCGAGUUGAUCAAGGACAAGUUCAAUGAUUAAGACAUUUUUGAGAUUGUUCAAGUAAAAAGGUAAAUAAAGAAUGUUAUGUACUGAAAACCACGUGCGAGUUCAA